AAUCGACGGAGUGUUUACUCAAACAUUUUCAAUGUGUCACGACGGAUAGAGCGAACAGCUGAAGGCUGAUGUCAGUAUGCGAAACAUGUGAAAAGAGAUGUGAUAGAAUUGGUUAACAACUCUCACAGACUUGACAAAAUUUUCUGUUUUGUGAUUUUGUAUCCUUUAAUACCUUGGAAAAUGGCGAAAACUUGUUUGGGACAGCAUUUAGUGUUUUUCUUUCUGUGGACUUUUUACGUAUCGUUGGCGGAUCCAGACGGUGGGGCCCAGACCACUGGGUGCCACCGGGUAAAACAAGCAUACCUACGGGAACACAUCGGUCCCGCUAGUCUAGUCCCCAGUGAACCUAUUUAUGAUGGUGACAUUUCAAUAUGUUUUAAUGCUGCUUCUAAAGAUAAAAGUGAAAAAUCCUGCUGCUCCAAGGCCUCAGAACUGAGUUAUGUCACUGCUGCAGAAAAGUUUCUGCGAAAGACAAUUCACACAAAAAAUGCAUACCUGAAAAAAUUAGUGAUGGACCAUAUCUUACAGUAUGAAGAACGAUUGGAAAACGUAAUCCAGAGUUCGUACAACAGAACGAGCCAGCUGCUAAUAGACUUGUAUGAUAUUCCACCAAGUGUCCAUCAACAACCCCUAAAUGACUUCUACCAAGACAUUAGGACUUACUUAAAAAUGAAACAUGUGAGUCUGUACGGCUCUGUGAAUUCCUUAUUUGAUUCUUUAUUUCCAUAUUUGUAUAAAUACAUUAUUAAAGGGAAAAAUAUUUCAAUGACCCUAUCUCCAGAAAACACUGAGUGUUUAAAAAAUAAACGACAAGAAAUAGUCCCCAAUCCAUUUGGACCAUUGCCUUACAAUAUAUCCCAUAUCCUCAAUAAGGCUUUGUCUACAGCCAAAUCAUACAUGGAUGUGUUGACCUUGCUGGUGGAGACCAUCAAUACAACGGAUCAGAUGACCUUGACCGAAAAGUGCCAACAUGCGGUGACCCGUCUUCAGUAUUGUUCACAUUGCCAACAGGAAAUUGACAUCAAACCGUGCAAGGGAUUCUGCUUAAAUUCAAUGAGAAGGUGUUUGGCCCAGCUUUCUGUUAUAAGUAAUGAUUGGAAUGGAUUAAUUAUGUCAGUCGGUCGACUUCAGGCCUGGAUGGCCCAGAAGUAUGAUGCCGAGCACACACUGAAUAAGCUGGACGGGAAACUGGACACGGCUAUAAUGCAUGCCCUCACCACAAGCGAGAAGUACAUCAAUAGUACUCAACAAAUCUGUGGUUUUAGAACUCCUCCAAGUUCAAUGCAGGUAGUCCCCAAGGAUUUACCGGGAUCUUCCAGCUCUGGCCCCUUGAAAACAAAACGAGAAAUUGGCGGGGAAAUGUACGAGAAAAUUCUGGAGGUCAUGAAGGAGCUGCUGACCUCCCUGAAGAUGUUUGACACCAUCGCUGAUGAUAUCUGCGAUCAACAGAUUUUUUAUGACCAGGAUAUUAACAGUACUCAGUGCUGGAAUGGCCUUACAAAGGGGAGAUACACUGAGGUAGUUGAAGAUAUUCCAACCCUACUAAGGAGAACAGCUAUGGUUAUAGACCCCAAGCUUGUUAGCCUGAAAGAUAAACUAGCUUCGAUGAGAGUGAACCUGAUGACACGUUAUUCUGACUUUGACUAUGCCACGGACCGGAGACAACACAUGCAGUCGGACUCCUUUAAGUACGGGAGCGGGGACUACAGCGUACAUCACGAUCAUCUACUGACAGACGACGAGGACCUCUAUGGUAGCUCCGGUGAUAUGUACAGUGGUAGUGGUAGUGGUAGCACGCCCGCCAUAUUUGAUGUCACGGUAGAGGAUACCAGAUUUACCACAAAACUGCCUCCUAAAAAACCAAAUCCUGCAGGAGGAAGUUCAUGUUUGACUGUUUCCAUAGCAACAGUAUUAAUGGUGAUUUUGACAUUAACGGUGUUAUGAUACAUGUAGUGCCUUUGAUGUGUUAAAUUUUUGUUACAUUGAUAUAUGAAGAAAAAAUCCAAAAUUGGCUGGCCAUUCUUCCAGGAAACCUGAAAAACAUCUGAAGGUUCCAAGUACAGGAAUGUAUAGUGAAGAAUUAGUUGUUUUCAUUGUUCCAAAGAGAGCCAUUUUUUGUUGUUAAAAAUCAAGGUAUUUAGCAAACAAUCUUACUGUAAUGUGUAUCUGGAGAACUUCAAAUCCAGUAUAAUUGUUUUUAUCAUUCUCAUUGCUGUUAUGAGUGAAAGGCUUUAAAAUGUCAAAAAAAGUGCUGCAUGUUGUCUCAUUUUCAUUCACAUUAUGUAAAAGAAGGCUUGCAUGAAGAUUCUAAGGAUGUGAAUUCAUGGAAUAAUGUCAGUGAUUGAGAUAGGUGGUCCUGCUUUAGAAUGGUGCAGAAUCGGGAGGGAAUUGUUAGAGGUGUUUGGUCAAGGUUAUGGCAUGAUGUGCAAUCUUACAUUUUCAUUUUUGUAUAUGAUACAUGUUUCAUUUAUUAUAUUUUCUGUUCAUGUUCUGAGAACUUUUUAUGCAUAAUUUAAAGACACUUUUUUAGCAAGUUGAUUGUUUAUUUCUACAGACAUUUAACAAUGAAAUAUCUGAUAUUCUAUAAUCACUAUAACAGUCAAAAUGUUUAUUGUUUAUUGAAUUCUGAGAUGAAACCAAGUUUAAAUUGUACGUUUAUUUUUAAUUUUAUUUUUUAUGUAUAUAUAGCCACUUAAAAAUGAAAAUAAAAAGAUUAUCUGAACAGAUUGAAAGAGUUCAAAAUUUAAAGUAACACUGAGUAUCUUUUUUAAUGGAAGGGGGGGGGGCAUCAUUAACUCUCAAGACAAUUAAAGUAUUACAAUUUAUGUUGUGUAUUUUUGUUUAAUUGUGAUGUUAUAUAAUGUACAACAUUGUGUUAAUGAUAUGUACAUACAUGUAUGUAAUAUGAAUGAAUCAGAUUCGUGAUGUAUAAAAUUUUACGUAUUGUAUAUUAUUUUGUGUUUGAUGGACUCAAAGUCCACACGUCUUGAUUUCCUUGUCUUUGUAGAAAGAGUAAAUUAAUAAGCAGAAUAUUUAAGUGUGUACAUGAAUCAUUUGUCUUUUAUUCAUUAUCUAUCUGUGAUUUCUAUAUAAUUUUUGACAGUACCCCAUGUGGAAGACGCACUAGUUUACUAUUUCACACAUUUGAUUUAUUAUAGAGAUGUUGAUUUUCUUUUGUACUUAACAAUAUACCUCUUCCCUCCACAAAUGACUUUUCCUGUUGUAGGUUAUGUAUUAUAUAAACUGUAGAUCACUUAAUUUUCACGACACCUUAUUUUCACGAUAUAGUCAUUUACUCUUUAUUAGCAAAACAAAAUUUUAACGAAUUGUGGUCAGUACUCUAUAUGAUCUUAAGAAAUUCUAUUAUACGCGAGAAUCAAAUUUUCGCGAGCAUAACGUCUCGCGUAAUUACACGAAAAUAAAGUUCUCGCGAAGAAAAAGUGAUUUACAGUAAGUAGCAGCAAUUAAAAGAUAAUUCCAUUCUAACUGAAGGUUGUCUUCAUCUACAUACUGGGGGAAAAGGGGAAAGAUACUUUAAAUAAAAAUAUCACCAUUAUUUCAACUUUACCUACACUAUCUCGUUAUCUCGAUGCCACCAUUCAAAAAUUUUAAACAUGUAACCUGUUGAAUUGGAACAUACGAGGGUUGAUCCAAAAGUAAUGUCACAACUUCAAUAAAACUGCUACUGGUCGAUGUACAACAACAUAAUUAUGAACAAUGGAAGCUAUAUUUAUUUCAAAUCAGACCUGAAAAUUUUAAUUCAAGGUAAAUAAUACUUUUAAAAAUAUAGAGUUAUAUACACUAUGCGAAUUUGGUAGUAGCUGCAUCUAAAUAACGCCAUGUUAUGGAUACUCGCCGUCAUACUUAAAAACGUUUCCCAAUAUAAUUAUUUGAGAUUCUCGGAAUAUGUUCACAAAUUUCUGUUCUUUAAUGAAUUCUUGGUAGCCAUUGUGCAUUCACUCUUUUCAUAACAAAGUCCUUUGUCAAAAUUCCUAGAACAAUGAAGUAAGGCAGUGUUUAAAUACAUUUACAUAACAGAUACACGAUGUCUUUUGACAACAUCAGAUACCGUGAGUGUUAAACAUUUCCUUCCGACCAUUCUACUUUCAGCCUUCCUGUCUUCUGAUAAUGAUUCAAUAAUCUAUCACACUUCCUAAAAUCUAUAAACAUGACUGUUCUUUACUUUUUUAUCAUUGUAAGUCUUAUCAAUCAGUGUAACUGUCUAAACUGGUAAUUUCCCCAUUUUGAAGUAAAAAUGCAUAACAGCUCGUUACCCCCCCCCCCCCCUUUUUGACACUUCCUUUGUUCAAUGCAUCAGAAUGAGUAUGAGUCAAAUACUAUUUUUUCAAUCAAAAAUUACAAUGGCGUCGUUUAAUUUUAACUAAUCAUUAGACAAACAUGUUUAUACUAAGUUAAUUUUGUCUUUUAAAAUUUUUAGGCGAUAAGACACGUUUGAAAUGUUUUUUAAUGUGUUUGUCUUUCACAUCCUAAAAAAUUCUUUAAAAUGUGACGUUUAGAUGUGUCGCGGCGACACCCCCAUUGUUUGAUUUUUUAAACAUGUAUAAAAUUAAUUUAAUUUAACAUUAUUAGAAAAAAAAGUUUCUAUGUUUAUUACAUUUAUAUAUGUGCAUAUUUUGGUAUAUUGUAUUUGAUAAAAUGACACCAAACACAAAAGAUAUGUACACUGUGACAUUACAUUUGGAUCAACCCUAGUAUCUAUAGUAUGUACACAGUAAUUGGUCUUCUGAAAAAAAAAAUGGGGGGAGUUGAAAGUAUUUACUAGCUUGUAACAAAGUUUUUUAAAAUUAUUCACGUAUAAUUAUACUAGCCUGGAAGUCUACAAAGAAAACUGUACUUGAAAUAUGUAGAGUUUUACGAUAAUGUAACCCAAAUAGAGACGAAGCAAAAUAAUAGAUGUAAUUAAUCAGUUUUAAAAGAUAUUUAUCAUUUUGGUAGAAUCAUCAGAAACAUUCAUAAGAAAUCCUAGCUGUAUAUGGCGUAAUUUUUGGCAGACUAUCAUACAAAGAUCAUAUUACAUCUCAUAUAGGAUAAAUUUAUAUAUUGCUUUGAUUUUUCUGAAGGUAUUUCUCUUAAUUAUUUAAAUGUGUGAUUAUGAUUGUUAAAUGUGAAUCAUUCUAAAUGAGUUGUAGUGACUGGUGUUAUAAAAGAGACCUGUAUGAGUGCCUGUGUAUGGAUGUCACUUUGUACAGUUCAAUAUGCCAUCUUAUACAGAAAUUGCAAAUCUAUUUUUUUUUUGACUGCAGAAAUUUAAAGUUUAUAAGCUGUUGUGAAAAGGUUAAACAAUUUUUUCUCUUAAUAAAUUGAAAAUUCUUGAAAUAAUUAUUUUUAGAAAUGCAUGUAUUCCAAGAAAUUACCAUAAGGCCAUCCUUAAAAUAUUGUUUGUUUGGAAUUGCCGCCUGAAGGGUUUCAGACACAGGAGGGAGGGAGGGAAAUUAUUUUUUUUUAAUUGAAGAUGAAUCUUAAAUUUUUGAUAAAAAUCUCAGCAAACAGUAAAUACAUUUUCUGACUUUAAAAAAGUAUCUACCAUCAACAAAAAACCUAAUUUUACAUAGAUCUGACACUAUAUUUCAGUGUUUUGUAUGGUGCAUGUGAUACAUGUAAUGGAUAAAAAAAAAAAAUUGAUUAAAUGAAAAAAAAUCUUCCUACUUUUGGUCAAUAAAAUUUUUUCAGGAGGGGGGCAUUUCAAUGAGGCGGGAGGCAAUUCCAAACAAACUAUAAUUUUAUUUUGGCCUAAUUCAUGUUUUUUUUUUAAUUUUCAUUUUCAUUUUACUUGCUUAUCAACAUCUUUUUUUUUUCAAAAGAACUAAAAUUUUCCAUAGUUUCUGAUUAAAUUUUUAGUAGAAAUGAUUUUAUUAAGUAUCCCAAUUUUUUGGAAGAUUUUGAAUUACACUGAGUUUUGUUUUAAGCCACAGCUUUGCAAAACAACAUUCUGGAUUUUAGUUAAUGUCAGAAAUUGCAGUUUCUGUUGUUUACAUAAGAAAUGUUUCUAAUCUAUCUUUAUAUUUUGUUGAUUAAAUCGUGAUAUUUUAAA